CGAUCACCAUUAGAGAGACAGCUCUAAAUUUGAACAAGAUGUCUGUAAAAAUGAAAGUAACAUUAUUCCUCCUACAGCUGAGUGGCUUCUUUGGAUCUGGGAGUGCGGGGAAGGUGCUGGUGUGGCCAGUGGAAUUUAGCCAUUGGCUCAACCUAAGGAUAAUCUUAGAUGAACUUGUGAAGAAGGAUCACGAAGUGACUGUUCUGAUACCCUCAGCCUCCUUUUCUUAUGAGGUUGGCAACACAUCUACUAUUGAGUUUGAGAAAUAUCCUGCAUCUUUAUCCAUGGCUGAAGUGGAAGAACUUUUCAUGGACACAAUCAGGAAAUACGUUUAUGAGCUGCCAAAGCAAUCAUUUUGGGGAUACUUUUUAUUAUUUCAGGAAUUGACUUGGGAAGAUUCAAAAUAUUUUGAAAGUCUCUGCAAAGAUGUAGUUUUUAACAAGGAACUCAUGACAAAACUACAAAAUUCAAGCUUUGAUGUCAUAGUAGCAGAUCCAUUCAUACCCUGCGGUGACCUGCUGGCUGAAAUUCUCAAGAUACCACUUGUGUACAGUCUCCGAUACUUUCCUGGUUCCACAUAUGAGAAGUACAGUGGAGGACUGCCACUGCCUCCUUCCUAUGUGCCCAUUGCUCAGUCAGAAUUGAGUGAUCGAAUGACAUUCAUGGAGAGGGUACAAAAUCUAAUCUAUGUGCUUUCUUUUGACUUUUGGUUCCAAAAUUUUAACGAGAAGAGGUGGAAUCAGUUUUACAGUGAAGUCUUGGGAAGACCCACGACCCUCUCUGAGAUGAUGGGGAAGGCAGAUGUCUGGCUCAUUCGAACCUACUGGGAUUUGGAAUUUCCUCACCCUGUCUUACCAAACUUUGAAUAUGUUGGAGGACUCCAUUGCAGACCUGCCAAGCCUCUGCCAAAGGAAAUAGAAGAUUUCGUCCAGUCUUCCGGAGAACAUGGUGUGGUGGUGUUUUCCCUGGGGUCCAUGGUGGGUACCCUAACAGAAGAAAGGGCCAAUGUGAUUGCAGCAGGUCUUGCCCAGAUUCCACAGAAGGUUCUUUGGCGAUUUGAAGGCAAGAAACCAGACACCUUGGGCACCAACACUCGGCUGUACAAAUGGAUCCCCCAGAAUGACCUUCUCGGUCAUCCUAAAACCAGAGCUUUUAUAACUCAUGGUGGCACCAAUGGCAUCUAUGAGGCGAUCUACCAUGGGAUCCCUGUGGUGGGCAUUCCUUUGUUUGGAGACCAGUUUGACAAUAUUGUUCACAUGAAGACCAAAGGAGCAGGAGUUCGAGUGGACUUUCUCACAAUGUCCAGCACCGAUUUGCUCCAUGCAGUGAAGACAGUCACCAAUGACCCUUCCUAUAAGGACAACGUCAUGCGGCUAUCAAGAAUUCACCAUGAUCAGCCAGUGAAGCCUCUGGACAGAGCCGUCUUCUGGAUUGAGUAUGUCAUGCGCCACAAAGGGGCCAAGCACCUUCGUGUGGCAGCCCAUGACCUUGCCUGGUACCAGUACUACUCUCUGGACGUGCUUGGAUUCCUGCUUGCCUGUGUAGUGACUGUGAUAUUCGUCAUUGCAAAGUGUUGCCUCUUUUGCUGCCAAACAUUUUCUAAAUCUGGAAAAAAGAAGAAAAGGGAUUAGCUGAAGUGGGGAGGAAUGACACAUGGACCUCCUCCAGUGCAUCACAGGAAGGGAGGAUUUCCAUUGUAUCCCUUAGUCACAACUAAUCCGGAUACUGUCACUCUUAUUUCAGCCUUUUGAAGUAGACUUGAACUGUCAAAAGUUCCAUUUUGUCUCACUUAUAGAGCACACAUGGAAGACAAUGCCACAAUUUUUUAAGUUCCAACAGCACCUAACUCAAAUUAUAUUCCAAAUCUGAAAUGUCCCACAAAACUUCCUAUUUGUUUGGUGGAUUUUGUAUAAUUUAUUAAUUCAGAAUUUUUACCUUGAUACAGUGAAAUAUUCAAUUCAUAUCUCAUGAUCACAUUCCUACUUCCCACUAGAUCUCUUCUAAUAUGUCCCAAUUCCAAAUUUAUGUCCUCUUAUUUUAUUUUUAAUAACCCUGUAAGUUUAAUUAGUACUGUCUAUAGAAGCAUAAAUGCAUUCAUAGGGGGCAUAGAGAUCAUGGGCAAUGUACCAAUGUACACCCAACCGACAUAACAGUAUUUACCCCCUUCAGAAUCAAUGACUGUCAAUCGCUUACUAUUUAUGAAUGGAGUAUUAGGAGCUCCUCCCCAUUUACUGUGAAAUUUUGAUCUCCUGAUCUUAUACAAGUCCUGUUAGCUGACAGAUUCUUUUAGUUUGUAAAUGCAAUGGCCAUGGCAUAUCCAGAAGAAAGUGUUCCGUAGCACUUCUCAUCAUUGGGUUCUUACAUUCUUUCCCACAUUUUACAGCAGUAUUUCUUGAACCUUACCACAGGCCUGUUCAUUUUUGGUCCCUUAAGCAAUUAUAAGUCUCUGAAUUGAUUAUUCUCCAUUACAAAAAAAUAUUCUCUGAAAAGUCUGAGAACAAUCUAGAUCUCUGCCUAUAGCUUUUAUAAUAUAAUAAUAAAGAUUUAUAUAAUAUAAACCUCUAGAAGGUAAUUUGCUAACAUGACCAUUUAGAAAAAUAGCAAUAGUAGGUCCAAGCUAGGAUUUCCUUGACUUUUAUCCAGAUUUAUAGUGUCAGGAUCCUUCCACUGGAGAAGGGCUCAAAUACAAUUAGAAAAUGUUAUAGGAGACGGCUUGUUUGUUUCUGGCUG